UUUCAGCUAACAAAACAGUGUUUCAAUACAACAAAAAAUCUCCUCCCAAACUCACAAAUUGCCUUCUUGGAUUCGCAAACAAGGAAUAUCAUUUUCCCUCCCACAGAUGAUAUUGUUUCUUACGGUUGAAGAAAUGAUGGAUAUGAACCGAUCUCGGAGGCUAAACUUCAAUGCUCCCUUCUUGUCCACAAAACGCCAUGUCACAGAAGAGAAGCUUCCGGGUCAGUUUCCAGAAGCUUCUGUUCCGUUUUGCUGGGAGACCGCUCCUGGGAUGCCCAAGAACUCGUCUCUCUUGAAAAACGACUCUGAAUCCGAGACGCCCCGUCUCAAACUUCCUCCCGGAAGAUUAAAGAUCCACGUUGAUGGCGAAAACAAUGAUUUCGAUGACGUCAGUGAGGGUUUAACACCAGCUAGAUUGUUGCGUCUCAAGAAACGCCACAAUCAAGAACACUCCCAUCAGACCGACCGAGACGCGGUCGAUGUCUUGUCUCUCACGCAAGCCAUAGACAUGGUCGAACACCCAAAAGAUAGCGCUACGGAAUCCGACGAUGGAAGCAGCGGAGGAGGUGGUGACUCAAACGGCUACUUAACAAUGGAGAGCACAGAGCGAAGCGAAGACAUGUCACCGAGUUACAUAAUAGAGCGGUUUUUGCCAGAUGCAGCGGCUCUAGCAGCAGUGACAUCAGCGGCAAGCCAAAGGAGGAAGAAGAAGCUCUCGUAUCUGAGUGCAACGGUGAGGCAAUCUUGUUUUUCACCAAAGGCUUGUGGUUUGCAUGUUUUGCUGCCUUGGAGCGCUAAGCAUAGGAUCUGUGGCGUCAAAAACGCAUUUUCUCCUUCUUCCCACAUCCACUUGGAACACAAGUUUAUUACAAAAGAUAACUAGUACUUGAAUUAAGGUGCUGGUCGUUGGACUAUAUACAGUAUAUAGUGUUGUGACACAAUGUGGUGGUUGAUAACAAUAAACUAAAUAAGCAUGUACAAACAUAAGGCUUUCUAGCCAAAAUUAUGCAUCUAGCUUUAGAAUAAACUAUGUAUUACUUUUUACUAUGAAUAAUCAAAAUUAGAGAUUAAAGUUCUUUGGACAAAAACAAAAUAUAUAUCUAGAUUUGAUGCUUUCUUGAGUUAGGC